ACCCACUAUGGGAACCCAUUAAAAAUAAUGAUUUUCUAAGAGAAUUUGUUAUUUUGGCAGACCCAAAAUCUGCUAAAGAUAACGAUUCUCUAAGAGAAUUCAUUAUUUUAGCAGACCCAUUAUGGAAAACUGUUAAAAAUAACGAUUCUUUAAGAGAAUUCAUUAUUUUGGCAGAACCACUAUGGGAAACCGCUAAAGAUAAUGAUUCUCUAAGAGAAUUCAUUAUUUUAGCGAACCUACUAUGGGAAACUGUUAAAAAAUAA